AUGUCGUCCCUGUUACUCGCGAGUGUCUUCUUGUUCGUCUCCUUCUUCGGAUCUUCUUUUUCUCAAACCUCCAUGACCAUGCUGAUAGUGAUAGAGCAAGCAGACACGUCGAUUCUGAGCCUGUUGAACGACGCUGUGCCCCAAGCAGAGAAGAACUUCGGGGAUGAUAUGAUCACUGUACAGAUUGCCACUGUUCAAGUUGACCGAUCAAACCUGGACGCCAGUUUCGAGAGAGUAUGUGCUGCCUUAUUUAAGGGAAUCAGUAUCGUACUCGACAUGACUUGGACCGGCUGGGAAAAGCUACGAAGCCUAGCCGACCAGAAUGGAAUAAUAUACAAACGAGGCGAUUGCAGUAUAAAUCCGUAUGUGCAGGCGAUCGAUGAUCUUUUGAUGUUGAAGAAUGCCACGGACGUGGGCUUGAUCUUCGAAGAUGAAAGGGAAUUGAAUCAGAGUCUGUAUUAUUUGAUCGGGAAUUCGAUCAUCAGACUGGUGGUGAUCGACGAGUUCACGGAGAAGACGGUGUCCAAGAUUAAAAACAUGAGACCGUCGCCAUCUUAUUACACGAUUUACGCGAGCACGUCCAAAAUGGAGGACCUCUUUCGCACGGCUAUUCAGGGGAGCCUCGUAAAACGAGGAGGGAUUUGGAACUUGGUAUUCACGGACAAUAAUUACAAAGACUUCAAAUAUAUCAAUGGAGACUCACAAUUGAAUGUAUCGAUCACCAUCUUGUCGAUGAAGAAAAGUGUCUGCUGUCGUUUGAUGGGUGAUUCUUCCUGCAAUUGUCCCUCUGAUGUCCCGAUAUUUUCGUACUACUUUAAACGACUGAUAGGCCUAAUAGUGAAUCUAAUGAGCGAGCUGCAGAAAUCAGGAGUCAGCGUGGAGCCGAAAAGUGGACGAUGUUCUUCUUCGAAUAUUAGUCAGCCUUCGAAUCUUACUUCUGAGGCUUUUAACAAAAACAUACUGGCUAGGUUAGGAGGCAACGACACGUUCGAGUACUGGUCAGACAGGGGAAUAAUCACGUACAAAGCGGAAAUAGAAAUUGAAACGCUCGAGAAUGGAGUCUUGGAGCCUUUAGCCAGCUGGACGAGACAUGGAAAAAUUAAGGAAGCUGAAGGGAAGAAGAUAGAACCCGCUAGAAGAUUUUUUCGAAUCGGAACUUCUCCUUUAGUACCUUGGACGGUGCCUAAACUGGAUCCGGUGACCAACCAAGUGAUGAAAGACGAGAAUGGGAACGAAAUGUGGGACGGUUACUGCAUCGAUUUCGUGAAGAAGCUUUCCGAGGAAAUGGAGUUCGAUUAUGAGUUAGUUGUUCCUCAAGAUAAGCAGUUUGGAAAAAAAUUACCCAAUGGACAAUGGGACGGGGUAAUCGGUGAUCUUGCAAGAGGGGAAACUGACAUCGUAAUUGCCGCGCUGACAAUGACCUCGGAACGCGAGGAAGUAAUCGAUUUCGUAGCACCCUACUUCGAGCAAUCUGGUAUACUAAUCGUGAUGCGAAAGCCAGUUCGUAAACCAUCCCUGUUCAAAUUCAUGACGGUGCUGAAGGUGGAGGUCUGGCUGAGCAUCGUGGGUGCGUUAACGUUGACUGGUAUCAUGAUUUGGAUACUUGACAAGUACUCUCCUUACAGUGCGAGAAAUAACAAACGCUUGUAUCCUUAUCCUUGUAGAGAAUUUACGCUGAAGGAAAGCUUCUGGUUCGCAUUGACAUCCUUUACUCCUCAGGGUGGAGGCGAAGCACCCAAAGCACUAUCAAGCAGAACACUAGUGGCAGCCUAUUGGUUAUUCGUGGUUCUAAUGCUUGCCACGUUCACUGCAAAUUUGGCAGCUUUUCUUACCGUGGAACGAAUGCAGUCCCCUGUACAAUCGUUGGAGCAAUUGGCCAGACAGUCGCGAAUCAACUACACCGUUCUGGCUAACUCUAGCACGCAUCAGUACUUCAUGAACAUGAAAAAUGCCGAAGACAAGCUGUACACAGUGUGGAAGGAGAUCACGUUGAACAGUACGAGUGACCAGGUGGAAUAUCGAGUGUGGGACUAUCCGAUCAAAGAACAGUACGGGCAUAUAUUGCAAGCAAUCACGCAGGUGGGCCCUGUGAAGAGUUCCGAGGAAGGCUUCCGCAAGGUGAUAGAAAGCGAGAACGCGGAAUUCGCUUUUAUCCACGAUUCGUCGGAGAUCCGGUAUGAAGUAACGAGGAACUGCAAUUUGACAGAGGUUGGUGAAGUGUUCGCGGAACAACCUUACGCAAUUGCUGUGCAGCAAGGAAGUCACCUACAAGAGGAAAUAAGCAGAAGAAUCCUAGAUCUGCAGAAGGAUAGGUACUUCGAGACGUUGGCUUCUAAGUACUGGAACCAAUCGCUGAAGGCACAGUGCAUGAAUUCUGAUGACAACGAGGGUAUCACUUUGGAAAGUUUGGGUGGAGUAUUCAUCGCAACCCUGUUCGGACUCGCCCUAGCCAUGAUCACCUUAGCCGGAGAGGUGCUAUACUACCGCAAACGCACCACGCAAAAGGACAAACAGAAAGACAAGAAGAAAGUGAACACCAUCGACAACGACAAAAUCAUGAUCCAAAAGAUAGCGUCGAAACUUCAGAUGAAACCUGUCCCUAACACUAUGCUAUUCGAGAAGCAGCCAGGAGCUCCCCGAGUGUCUCACAUUUCUGUCUAUCCUCGAAAUUUCUCUUUCAAAGAGUGAAACCUUUUUGUCAAUAAUAAUUUCACUUAUAGUACUAUUGCAUACAGACGAUUCGUGACCAACAAUUUGUUCAUAAUUCAGUGUAACGAGAAUGGAAAUAAAAUUUAU